GUGGGUGAGCCUCCUGCACCGGCUGCCGCACCUGGACCUGCGCUGGGAGGCCACCAGCAGCCGGUUCCGGCCCGAGGACGCCGACUACCAGCAGGCGCUGCUGCUGCUCGGGGCCUCCGCGCUGGCCUGCCUCGCCCUGGACACGCUCUUCCUGCUCUUCUAUUCCUUCUGGCUGUGCUGCCGGCGGCGCAAGAGGGACGAGCACCUGGACGCCGACUGCUGCUGCACCGCCUGGUGCGUCAUCAUCGCCACGCUCGUGUGCAGCGCCGGCAUAGCUGUGGGGUUCUAUGGCAACGGGGAGACCAGCGACGGCGUUCAUCGGGCCACCUACUCGCUCCGCCACGCCAACCGCACGGUGGCGGGGGUCCAGGACCGCGUGUGGGACACUGCAGCCGCCCUGAACCUCAGCGCGGAGCCCAGCCUGCAGAGCCUGGAGCAGCAGCUGGCCGCAAAGCCCGAGCCCCUGCGGGCAGUCGUGCGGCUGCAGGGCCUGCUGGACAUGCUGCUGGGCUACACGGCUGCCAUCCCGUUUUGGAGGAACGCAGCUGUGUCCCUGGAGACGCUGGCUGAGCAGGUGGAUCUCUAUGACUGGUACAGGUGGCUGGGCUACUUGGGCCUGCUGCUGCUCGACGUCGCCAUCUGCCUGCUGGUGUUGGUUGGCCUCAUCCGCAGCUCCAAGGGCAUCCUAGUUGGGGUCUGCCUGCUGGGGGUCCUGGCCCUGGUCAUCAGCUGGGGUGCGCUAGGCCUGGAGCUGGCUGCGUCUGUGGGCUCCAGUGACUUCUGUGUGGACCCCGACACCUAUGUGACCAGGAUGGUGGAGGAGCACUCGGUGCUGAGUGGGGACAUCCUGCAGUACUAUCUGGCCUGCUCGCCCCGCGCCUCCAACCCCUUCCAGCAGAAGCUGUCGGGCAGCCACAAGGCGCUGGUGGAGAUGCAGGACAUCGUGGCCGAGCUCCUGAAGACCAUCCCUCGGGAGUACCCGGCCACCAAGGACCCUCUGCUCCGAGUGCAGGAGGUGCUGAAUGGCACGGAGGUGAACCUGCAGCACCUCACCGCGCUGGUGGACUGCCGCAGCCUACACCUGGACUACGUGCAGGCCCUGACCGGCUUCUGCUAUGAUGGCGUCGAGGGCCUCAUCUACCUGGCCCUCUUUUCCUUUGUCACGGCGCUCAUGUUCAGCUCCAUCGUCUGCAGCGUUCCGCACACCUGGCAGCAGAAAAGAGGCCCUGACGAGGACGGCGAGGAGGAGGCCGCUGCGGGGCCGCGGCAGGCCCACGACAGCCUCUACCGCGUGCACAUGCCCAGUCUCUACAGCUGCGGGAGCAGCUACGGGAGCGAGGCCAGCAUCCCGGCCGCGGCCCACACCGUCAGCAAUGCCCCGGUCACUGAGUACAUGAGCCAGAAUGCCAAUUUCCAGAACCCCCGCUGUGAGAACACCCCCCUCAUCGGGCGAGAGUCCCCACCACCCUCAUACACAUCCAGCAUGAGAGCCAAAUACCUCGCCACGAGCCAGCCUCGCCCCGACUCCAGCGGCAGCGGCCACUAGACCGCCCGGCCAGUCACCGCCCCAUGUGCCAAUCACCCUGCUCCUCCCCCAGCCAGCACUGCUGCUUCCAUGAUGCCAAGGCCGCCCGCCAGACCCUCCGCAUGGUGCCAGGCCCCUCGCUCUCCCCUCCCUUCCUGCAGGAGCCGGUGGAGAUGCGGGAGCUCUGGGCCUCACCCUGUCCUUGGGUUCCGUGCUGGGACCCGUGGGAGGGCUGCCACGGACACCAGGGCCCUUGCGGCCCUACCCCCACGCCCUCUGCCCUCCGAGGAUUCUGGUUCACAGGGCCCCACUCUGGGCCAGGCAGCGGUGCUGUGUCCCCGACGCCCCUUGCAGCUUGGACACCCUUGGGACCCUGCGGUCUCCCGGCUCACAGCGCCCACCUUCCCCCCGCAGCCCUGAUGCUUCUGUGGUCACUUACUGCUCCUGUUGCUGGUACCGCCUUGCUUCUCUGGUGUCUGUGGCUCCCUCUUUCUCUCCUCUUCUGACCACAGGCCCCUCCUGCCAGUUGCCAGAAGCCUCCCAGGAUCCCACCUUACCUGCCUCCACCCAGCCUCGCUCUCUCCCUCAGCACCCCCGGCACCUGGCCCUCCACAGCGGCAGGAGGACAGGUGUCACCCCGAGCCUAGGCCGCUCACCAGUGCUGGCCACCUUCUUGGUGCCAAACCCUCUCCCCGCCCCCCCAGACGUGGCAGCUUGUUCCACCGGUUCGUUCUUUGCACUAACCACACUCGUCAUCUCUAGGGUAGGCAGGCUGCGGGCUGCUGGCGGAGCACACUCCCUCCUGGUCCCCUUUCCGUCCAGGACAGGUGCCGUGUCCUGGAGCCAGGCCUCGGGGGCUGGACCUGAGCUGCCUGUGAAUGAGCCCUUGGCCCUUGCCUCCCCUGGGACUAACCACUAACCUCACCCCAGCGGCCCUGGUAUUGCAGCCGAGCCGGCGAGUGUGACCCGGAAUCCAGGACCACCAGCCGGGAGUCAGGCUGGAGUAGCUGUUUCUUCUUGGGGCACUGCUGGCGGGCAUAGACCGAUGGGCAGCCCAAGGCCCUGAGAGCCCUCCCCAGUGGGUGCUGCCCCAAGAGGAUUGGGCUGUAGGACCGAGGUCCCUGUGCCUCGGUCUCCCUACCUGUGAAGCGGGAGCAAGGCCUCCCUAAGGUGCUUUUGGCUUUUGUGUACAAUGUUUGCUGUUUCCUGCCACGGAGCGGGGCCAGCCCCAAGUCAGGACAGGAAGCCCCCGGCCAGCCCCAGCUCUGGCUUGGCCAGCCUCUCAGAGAGGCCAGGUGCCAGGCCAGAGGCAGCAGAGGGCCACCCAGCAGCCAGUGUGAGGCCCCAGGCCAGGGUCCCACAGCAGGAGCCAGGCAGCUGGCGGGCAGUCUAGAGACACAGGGGCCCUAACUCCCAGAGGCAGCCUUCCCUUCCUCUGGGACCUUCUUCCUUUGUGCUGGUGUUUGGGACCAAAAGGGUGGGCCCAGGCCACAUCCGCCCACCCUGGGGCAGCCUCUGCCCUUGGGAGGGAGGGGAGGCAGUGGACUCACUGCGAGGGGCCCCUGGGAGUGGCUGAACCUCACUGCACUGCAGGACGUGCUCCAGGCCCCCACAGGCGGGGCCACUGCCCACCUGCCAGUCUCCCCUGGGCUCCACCUGUGGUGGGAGCAUCCUGGCCUCUGGUCAGGAGGGUGGCCCCAGUGGUCCCACUGCUCCGCAUAGCUGCUGGCAGGGCCCCCCAAUGUGAAUGUGGACGGUGUGAGCGGUGGCUGCCCCAGCCCAAGCCUGUGCUGACUGGGAGGCCGCUGUGCGUGUGUGGGUGGGUGGGUGCCCACUUACCUGUGACUUCCCGAGUUUCUUCCACUCACUGAAGUUGAGUUGAGGAAUAGGGGAAAACCAAAGGGGUUCAAACCUGAGCUCAGUCCAUGGAGUGGGGGUGCGGGUCCCACAUUGGUUUUCUUUUCUAUUUUGGGGGCCCCCUUCCUAGCCAUCCUCCAUCCUAUUGACCUCUCCAUACCCACUCCCACCCCUGCACCAGUGGGCAUUGGGCCCCUCAGGCCCUGCAGCAUCUUGGGGGUGUGUGUCCUUGACCUCGUAGGGGGCAGGAAGGCUACAAAGCCCACCAGGGUGCUGUCCCCACAAGGCUGGGUGAGCAGGAGGCGGGGCCCAGCUGAGACACCUGGCUGAUGGGACCCUGGCUGCUACAGGUUGGGCAGCUGGGAGGCCUGGGCAGAGGCCCCUGACACCUUUCCCUGCCACACCCACCCAUCUCACUAUGCAAUUCCAGUCCAGCACCAUUCCCUCCCCACCCAGGACCCUGCCCAGCGCCAAGGGGGAGAGGGUGGCAUCCCCAGUGGGGGAGGGGAGUUUUGGGAGGGGGUUGUUUAGCCAUAACAGUCAUGUGCUCAAUUUUGUUAUACAUAAUCUAUGGAUAUAAUUUUUUUGAGACCCGACCCUCCAGGUCCCCUUCUGGCCCUGUCCCCUCCCACCUGAAUUAACAACUGAGUGCACUGGGACUGAGGCCUGAGCCACCGGGGCACUGACCUUCGACCUCCAACCUCCCCAGGGCCAUGGCUAGAUGUGCUGUCGCUGUUUCUGGGUUCUUUUGGGGGUUUUUUGUUUUUUUUUCAAACUGGGUUUGGGGUUUGAUUUUUAUAUCUUUGGGGCUUUAUUUUUCUUGGCAAAUACUAAAAUCUCGUCAAUGUAAUUACUGUGGUUUCUAUUCCGCUUGAGUUUCAUGUUUUAAAAUAAACAAAUUUUUAAAAACAA